GGGACCGGAUGUGUCGUCACAUCUACACGGAAGUGACGUAGCGGAGGGAGCCGCCGCAGCAACUGUCGGAUUGUUCUCGAAGACGGAGGGAAAAUGGCGGAGGGUGGAGGACGCCGCAGCAAGUGGGACCAGCCUGGGCCUGGCAUCAAUGGCCUCCUGCCAGGAGUGAUGUCUACCCCGGUUUCUAUGCCAACUGUGCCCAUUGUCCCUGGGGCAGGAGGUCCGAGCGCUGGGGUGGGGUCAGGGUCCGUGGCCCCUGCUUCUGGAGCACUGGACGCAGCGGCAGCGGUUGCAGCCAAGAUCAACGCCAUGCUAAUGGCGAAGGGCAAGCUGAAGCCCAGUCCCAGCGUUCCUGAGCAGGUCUCGCUUCCUGGCAAAAUGGGGGCCGGCACCAAGAACAAGGACGACCUGGUUGUGGCAGAGGUGGAGAUUAACGAUGUCCCCAUCAGCUGCCGGAACCUACUGACCCGUGGACAGACCCAGGAUGAGGUGAGUCGGUUGUCUGGAGCCGCUGUGUCCACGCGUGGGAGGUUUAUGUCUCCGGAGGAGAAAGCACAAACCACCCCUGGGGACCGUGCCCUCUGCCUCCACAUUCAAGGCCAGACACGUGAGGUUGUUGACAAGGCUGUUAACCGAAUUAAAGAGAUAAUUGCGAAUGGAGUGGUGAAGGCCCAGAUCUCUUCCGCCUCCACGUUCAAUGAUGCCAUGGUUACGGUGUACCAUCAACCAGCCCCAGCUGUUCACCCUUCGUCCGCCACACCAAAGUCGCAGGCCGGGAUGCAUUACGUCCAAGAUAAAGUGUUUGUGGGUCUUGAGCAAACCACGCCGGCCUUCAACAUCAAGGAGAAAGUGGAGGGUCCGGGGGGCUCCUACCUGCAGCACAUACAAGCCGAGACGGGUGCCAAGGUCUUCCUACGUGGCAAGGGUUCGGGCUGCCUGGAGCCUGCCUCUGGGAGGGAGGCCUUUGAGCCAAUGUAUAUUUAUAUCAGCCAUCCCAAACCAGAGGGUCUGUCAGCUGCCAGGAAGCUGUGUGAAAGCCUACUGCAGACUGUUCACAGUGAGCAUGCCAGAUUCCUCAGUCAAAUGAACUCUGCAGCCAUUCCACCUCAAGGUUACCAGCAAGUGCCAGGAGGGGUUCCUCAGCAGCCCUAUUACCCAGGCCAGGGGUACCAGCCUGGCUACCCGAUGAACCCUGUUCCUAUCCAGCCCUCUCCGAGUUCGUACCCGAGGCAGUGUGGCCCCAACACCGCCCCCUUCCCUGUGUCAGGGGCUGCACAGCCGGUGGGAGUCCCUACACAGACUGCCCCCGGUGUUGGAUACGCACCACCUUUACCCGCCAGUACAGCCAAUUACAGCGGAAUGCCAGCCACAGGGAGACCCGGACCCCCACUACCCCCACCUCAGGGACAGAAGAGGCGUUUCACGGAGGAGAGCGAGGAGGAGCCACCGCUACUGGGUUACCAGCAUGGACCCAUUCAUAUGACUAAUUUAGGUACAGGGUCCCCUCAGACUGGGAGAAGUGGAGCUGGUGUGAUCUUCGCCGACUCCUGCGGCAGGGAGAAGGAGACGGACAGGCAACUGAUGCCUCCUCCGAUGCCGCUCCUGGACAAAGGAUUCCCACAGUCAGAUGACCAGCGUCACAUGUACGGGCCCUCGGCACCAUUGGAUCGCCCGGAGGAGCCGCUGGCGAAGAUGCGGAGAGGAACAGAUCAGGGACCGCGACCGCUCUAUGGACGACAGCAGGCGGAAGACGAGGAGGAGGCAUCUCGGCGGCGAGAGGCGGCACAGAACUGGAGUGCUGGCUGCCGAUACACGAUGCCCGCCCAGCGGCCUCAGCAGCAGAUGCCCUUCUGGAUGGCACCGUAGCUCCUCCUCCUUUCUGUCCGGCCUGGGACUGAGGGCCAGUAGCAGACCAGCAGCCCCCUACCUGCCCGGAAGGAUUACGUUGGCCCUGGGGAACUGUUAGCAUGCAACUGCACACCGAGACAGGGCUUGGGAUGGGUGUGGUCCGAGGCCAUUGGCUGUUUCAGCACCAAUGUAUUUGUGUUUGUUUGGGUGGGCUUGGAAAAUCUUUCCAAAACUAUUUAGUUCUCUAAAAUUUGCAAGUUUGCUCUCCUUUGCUUUUAAUCUUUGUUUAGCUGGUAACUGGGGCUGACGUUAGAUUGGGACAGUGGGGAGGGCAGCAGUGAGAGAGAGGAGGCAGUAUUGGGAGAGGGAAUGUUGAGGGGGGCAGGACUGAGUGGUGGCAACUCUGGGCAGCACAGAGAGGGUUAAUAUUGAGAGAGGAAGGGCUGUUUUGAGAGGGGGUAUGGGGGUGGUCAGUAGUGAGGGGUGGGAGCAGUACUGAGAAAGGGAUGCAUAACUGAGAGCAGAGGGUGCGGUCAGCACUGAGAGAGCCCGUGUUACCCACUGUCACCCCGAUGAGAGGCAAAUUGAUGUCACCAGUACCUUCACUGCUCACAUACUAGCCCCUCAGCUGACUGAUCUCAGCCCAAGCGCUGGUAGCACACAGAGGUGGUGAUGCUGCAGCCAGAAGACUCCUGGUGCUGUCUCUCCUGCUGGCUCAAGUAUCGGAGUCGACAACAAAGUCUGUGGGGUCUUGGUGCAUCUUCACGAUUCCUCCUCAGAUCUCCCUAUGAGAGGAGCAGUACUAAGAGUGCCACUCCCCACACCCCGCCCCUCCUCUUUCCAGAGGACACCUCACUGCCCAGUUAAAAGAUUCAAUAAAUACAUGAUCAAUGAGUGUCACUGAAGCCCGUGCUGGGAUCUUGCAGUGUCGUAGUGGGCUGCCGUUCCCCUGGCCUUGCAGCGGCGGAGUGUCAUGAGGUGAUGCCAUUUUGCUUGUUUUGGAGAGAGUGAGUUGGGUAUGGGGUGGCUAAAUUGUGAGAACAUUAGAAGUGCUGCAUGUUCCCCCCCCCCCCACCCAUAUAAGCUUCGGACACAUGCCUAAGCCACUCUGGCCCAGGGCUGUUUGUGUUGGCCUCGGUCCAUGACAGGGCAACUGCGGGGUGUCAAAACCUUCUAUUCUCUGGCCUUCUGUAAAUACUGUGACAAAUAUUUUAUUCUGCCCUUUGUAAAUAAAAUGAAGCUGAACCUUGUUCUUUUUCCUUUUGUGAGAUUUCUCAGCGCCUUGGUUCGUGUCUCAGCCACACUGGUUCUUACCUGCCAGAUCUCCACACUCUACGUUUCCCUGGGACAAUGGCCAGCAGGUGAAGCUUGGCAGUUCCAGUGUUUCCUCAAAGGGAGAGAUGGGAAUUCACCCAGUUAAUGGAUGUAGGGGGUUUGGAGACUUCUCCAAUUCACUGAGUCACCAAGUGAUGCCUCCAUUCAUCUGGCGGGUAGUGCAUUGGCACUGUGAGAGACCUAGGCUCCAGUGCUGUUUGCUAAAUUGGCUUAUCGUCGUCAUGAGUACCCAGGUACAGUGAAAGAUUUUAUUUUGCAUGCCAUCCAUACAUCCUUUCAAAGAUUAGCUUUGAAUUAGCAGUGAAUUUUUUGAUAUCGGUGUGACAGCUAAUUUAAUCGCAGUAGUAAGUCCAGGUAGUGUGAGGGAAAAAGCAAUAACAUCAUCAUUGUGUCGUCGUCUUGAGGACGAUUGUUCUUUGCAGAUGUUUCAACAGAAGUAAUUUUCCAUUGUCCUCUGAGCAGUGUCUUUACAGGGCAGGUGACCCCAACCAUUAUAAAUGAAGAGCCUAUCUGCCUGGCGUGAGUUCUCGCAUAACCAGGACUUGUGAUAUGCACCAGCUGAUCGUACGAUGCUCCACCAUUUGCUCCUAUGGCUUGAUGUGACUGAUCGAGGGGCGGGGGGAGCUAAACAGAAAUGGUUCCUCCAAGCUUGGUAACUAAGCCACACGUGAAGGCCAGGAGAUGGACUUGGUUGUCAAAGGCUAAUUGAGAAGCACACCAUUGGAAGUUUUUAAUAGGUAGUGAGUUUAUCAUCACUAACCACACCUCUGGCUAUAACUACCCUAAGGAAGCAUUAUAAGGCCAAGAAUCCAUCUUACUGUACUAGGGAACCAUUUAAUUGUCUUGUACCAGUGGGAUAGAAGCUCUGGUGCCUUCAAGCUUUUGUAUCUUCUGCCCAAUGGGAGGGGAGAAGAGAAUGUCUGGGGGGAUGAAAUCUUUGAUUUGCUGGCUGCUUUACUAAGGCAGUGAGAAAUGUAGGCAGAGUCCGUGGAGGGGAAAAUGGAUUCUGUGAUGUGCUGAGCUGUGUCCACAACACUCUGCAGUUUCUUGAGAUCUCUGCUGAGCAGUCGUACAAAGCCAUGAUGCAUCUAGAUGGGAUGCUUCCAACGGUGCUUCGAUAAAAAUAGGUGAGAGUCAAAGACCUCAAUAAUAAGCAAAUGCUGGUCAAGGACUACAUCUGCAGCGUGCUGCCACCUACACUGGAACCCCUACAAUUCACCUACUGACACAAGCAAUCAACAGAUGAUGCAGUAGCCACAGCUCUAUACACUGUCCUUAAACAUCUGGACAAGAAGGAUGCUUAUGUGAGAAUGCUGUACUUGGACACCAACAUUCAACACCAUAAUUCCCUCCGGGCUCGACAAGGUUCAGAGACCUCGGCCUUCACCCUGCCUUGUGUAGCUGGAUCCAGGACUUCUGUAAGAUCACUGGCAGGUGGUAAGAGUGGGCUCCCUCACCUCUGCCCUUCCGGACUUUGUCCUAAGCCCCCUCCUUUACUCUCUGUAUAUCCAUGACUGCGUAGCCACCCACAGCUCCAAUCUGCUACUUAAAUUUGCUGACAAUGAUUGAUUGGCCUAAUCUGAAAUAAUAACGAGACAGUCUACAGGGAAGAAGUCAUCUCUCUGACGCAGUGGUGUCAAGAAAACAACCCUCUCCCUCAAUGUCGCAAAAAAAAGGAGCUGGUUGUGGACUACAGGAGGAAUGGAGAUAGGCUAACCCCUAUAGACAUCAAUGGAUCUGGGGUCGAGGGUGAACAGAUUUAAGUUCAUCUGCAUACCAAGGAUCUGAUUUGGUCUGUCAUACCAGCUGUGUGGUGAAAAAGGUUGAAGAAGUUUGGUAUGGGCCCCCAGAUCCUAAGAACUUUCUACAGGGGCACAAUUGAGAGCAUCCUGACUGGCUGCAUCACUGCCUGGUACAGGAACUGUACUUCCCUCAAUCGUAGGACUCUGCAGCGAGUGGUGUGGACAGCCCAGCGCAUCUGCAGAUGUGAACUUCCCACUAUUCAGGACAUUUACAAAGAAAGGUGUGAAAAAAGGGCCAGAAGGAUAAUCGGGGAACUGGAGUCACCCCAACCACAAACUGUUCCAUCUGGGAAACGGUACCACAGCAUAAAAGCCAGGAUCGGCAGGCUCUGGGACAGCUUCUUCCACCGGGUCAUCAGACUGAUUAAUUCACACUGACAGUUCUAUUUCUAUGUUACAGUGACUGUCCAGUUGUACAUACUAUUUAUUAUAAAUUGCACAUUUAGAUGGAGACGUAACAAACAUUUUUACUCCUCAUGAAUGUGAAGGAUGCAAGUAAUAAAUUCAAUUCAAUAAGA